AUGUUUUCAUCCACUUCCACGCCUGCAGUCCACAGAUCUACUCCCAUUCCCAUUCUUCUCUCCCGCAGCUGCCGAGGAGACACGCUGCGCGUCCCCGUCGUUUCCUCCUCAUGGAUUUUGCCAGAGAAGGUUCAAGUUUUGGGUAACGUGGAAGAAUCGCUCUGCUGGAAGCAAGUCCACGCUGUCAGUGCAAAGAAAGAAGAAGAAAAAAGCGAGACCGGGAUGAAGGUUUGCUGGAUCUUCCUGAUCGUCUCGUACUGCCAGUCAUCUCAUGCUGCUCAGCAUUUGACCACCAACAGGAGCAACGAACUGAAGGAGGUGUACUGCGUCCCCGCAGGAGGCACGGCGCGCGUGCUGGUGCCGUGCCUGAACGCAUCGGGAGAGGUGACCCUGCAUCUCUAUGAAAACAGGAAGCUCAUACAUCCUGAUCAACAAGGAUCAAACCUCAGCCUGGAUGUGGACAUAUGGAAAAAUGAAAAGAACGUGUCGCUGGGUUUCAUCUUAGAUGGAUCCAAAGUCCCAAACAACACAGUGUACAGCUGUGACACCAUCAUCACGCACCCGCCCCCCCUCAAAACGCUGCACGCUCAGAGGGUCGUGGUCUUAAAGGAGGGAGAUGAUUUCACAUGCGGAAAAUGCAACCGUGACCCCGUAACGGCCGACAGAGAAGGCCAAAGGCCUCUGUGGGUUUGGAUUACUAUAGCGCUGCUCAUCACCUACGGCCUGGUCGUCUCCAUCAUUGCAUCAUCCCUUUGGUUCAAGUGGAAGGGGGAUGAAUCCCAGAAUGACUACAUGAACACUCCCAGAGCACCCCAGAACCGCCAGAGGAAGAAAAGGCCGCUCAAUCCCUUCCCACGAUACGUCUGA